AUGGCUGCCAAUAAGACCCUCGACCCUUCAACUUGCACGUCCGCGCCUGAAGCCUUCAAGUAUCCUCUACCUCAAGUACGCCAGUUCCAUCGUAGUCUGACAGUCGAGCUCGACGAGAAGAAUGCGCGGUUACGCACUUUGGUGGGGGGAAGCUAUCGGCAGCUACUUGGGACGGCAGAGACAAUCCUGCAUAUGAGAGAUGAUAUGGAACAUGUAGAGGAAAAGCUUGGGAGGGUCGGAAAGGGCUGUGGAAGAGCUGUUAUAGGAGGCAAGGCGAGUGGAUUGGCGAAAUUGAAUGCUGGUGGGAGGGGUGGGAAGAAGGGCGAGGAUUUGGCGUGGGCCGCGAGGGUGAAGGUGUUGGAGAUGUGCGCGGUAGCGGUCGGAAAGCUGUUGAGGGAAGGAGGGAUUGCCCAAGCAGAAGAAAGAUCUGGAAAAGGCAAGAAUCUGGUUGUGGCUGCGAAAGUGCUGGUCUUAAGUCGGCUGCUGGCGAAGACGGUGGGCGAUGCAGCAGGGAAGAGGAGCUCAGGAGAUCAAGCGUCUCUUGAGGCUUUGAAGAAGAAAAUAGCUAGUCUACGAAGGAAACUUUUGAGGGCGAUUGAGAAAACAGCCGAGAAAGUGGAUGGAGAUCGGGAGGAUCUGAUACAGGCACUUUCGGCGCACAGCCUUGCAACGAGUUCUGGGGCAAAGGACGUCAUCAGGCAUUUCCUUCAUAUCAGAGGGGAAGCUAUGGCUCUUGCGUUCGAUGAUGAGGAACAGAAAUCAGGCAGUCCGGGAGUAGUGAGAGCUUUGGAAUUGUAUACCAGGACAUUGCUGGAUGUUCAAGCUCUGGUACCACGACGCCUGUCCGAAGCACUAGCAAGUCUGAAAACUAAGCCAUUAUUGAAGGACGAGUCGAUCAGAAAUCUUGAAGGACUCAGGUUGGAUGUUUGCGAAAAGUGGUUUGGAGACGAGAUUCUAUUCUUUACGCCGUACAUCCGACACGAUGACCUCGAAGGCAGUCAAGCUGUAGAGAUGCUCAGAGGCUGGGCAAAGAGAGCGUCAGAGCUCAUGUUAGAAGGUCUAGCAAAGAGCCUAGGUCAAAUGGCUGAUUUCAAAACCGUUGUUGCUAUUCGGACUCGGAUUCUCGAGAUUUGGAUCAAGGAAGGUGGCAAGGCGAAAGGGUUCGACCCAUCUAUCCUACUUGAUGGUCUCCGUAAAGCCGUUAAUGAUCGUAUGGUCUCACUCGUCGAGUCUAGAGUAAGUAAACUGCAUCUCGUCGCCACUGAGAUCGAAGGUACGCUGGGAGUCUGGAGAGAAGGGGUAACAGAUCACCAAGAUAGCCUAUGGGACUCUAGCUUGCUAGAAAUGGACAUCAGCAACGGUGCCUCACUAUUCAAGCAGAACAUCCUAUCGCGCACUCAUGGCCGCACUGAUGCUGUAUCUCGUGUCUUCCGUGGCUACCAAACAUGGCGGCAUCUAGUCGACGAGAUCAGCGUCGUGGUCUCCCAGCUGAGCAAACAGCGGUGGGAUGACGAUCUAGAAGAUAUAGAGGAUGACCUUAGCAUCGAGUCCAGAAACGCUCUCCUUAGCACCGAAGAUCCAAAGAUGCUACAGGAACAUCUAGAUAGCAGUCUCGAAGAGGCGUAUCAAGUCCUCAACGAGAAGAUCUCAGCACUCCUGACAACGUACGAGGAGAGCGAGCAAAUCGGCCACAUCUCAAUUUACCUACUUCGGGUUAUACGGGACAUCCGCAAAGAGCUUCCAGCGAACAUCUCACUGCAGUCUUUUGGCCUCCCACUUGUCAAGCCUCUGCAUCAGAGACUUGCUUCUGAGGUCUCCGAGAAGCCAUUACAAGCUUUCAGCAAGACUUGCACGAAGAAGAAAGUCCCAGGCCGAGCAUUAUGGGAGGGAACUCCCGAGCUACCCGUCCAGCCUUCGCCGGGGACGUUUAAAUUAUUGCACAGCCUGGCUCUCGCAAUGGCGAAGGUUGGAGGCGAUCUAUGGAGUCCUUCCGCCGUAGCUGUCCUUAAACGAAGUCUACGCGAAGCAGUGUCAGCCAAAUGGAACGAGGCUUUGAACUCCAAGCCUGAAGUCAAUGGAACACCGAACGACGAAUCGCCCAAUGAUGACCAGGGACCUGCAGACAGCGAAGAAAAGGCUUCCGAUGCCGAAAUCGCAGUCAAAGCGGUUGCAGAGAAGAAGAACGACGACGAUGAUAUCCUCAUCCAAACCCUCUUCGACAUCCUACUCCUACAGAACGCAUUCGAGAUCCCAGAUGCAGAUGCAGACGAGCUCAUGAAACUAGGAGGCACUGUAGCGAAGAAAGUGACACUUGAUGCGGCUGCGAAGAAGAGGGUGCUGGAUUCGGCGAAGGAGUAUUGGAAGAGGACUGCGUUGUUAUUUGGGUUACUUGCUUAG